AGCUUCCCCCAGCCUGCAAGGCCACUCAACCAUGUGCUAGCUGGAGUAAUCUUUAUUCACCAUGUCUUUACAAAGGCUCAUGCAACAGAGCAGCAAUGGCAAUUUCGUGGAGUACUGCGCUGGUCCAGCGUAUAGCUCUUACCCCACACUCACAGGCAGCUUUCCCAUGGAUGAUAAUAGAAGGCUUCAAAUGCUGGCAGAUACUGUGGCUACUUUGCCUCGGGGAAGAAAGCAGCUUGCUCUGACGAGAUCAAGUUCUUUAGGUGACUUUUUCUGGUCUCAAAGAAAGCUUGUUACUGUGGAAAAACAAGAUAAAGGAAAAUUUGGGUUUGAAAUUCAGACUUACAGGCUCCAAAACCAGAACACCUGCUCCUCAGAGAUGUGCACCCUGAUCUGCAAAAUCCAGGAGGACAGCCCAGCACACUGCGCUGGCCUGCAAGCUGGUGAUGUCCUUGCAAAUAUCAAUGGUGUGAGCACAGAAGGUUUUACCCACAAACAAGUUGUUGACCUGAUCAGAUCAUCAGGAAACCUGCUAAUGAUAGAGACUCUUAAUGGAACAAUGAUUCUCAAAAGAACAGAGCUUGAGGCAAAGCUGCAAGUUUUAAAGCAAACCUUGAAGAGAAAAUGGGUGGAGUUCAGAUCUCUGCAGUUACAGGAACAGCGCCUGCUUCAUGGUGAUGCAGCUAACUGCCCAAGGUUGGAAAAUAUGGACAUAGAUGAAUCAGCUUUGUUUGGACCCCUGCCGGGUUCAGCUCUCCUGGACCGGAGUCGCUUAUCCAGUGAGAGCAGCUGUAAGAGCUGCCUGAGCUCCAUGACGAUAGACAGUGAGGAUGGGUACCAGACAUGUGUGUCUGAAGACUCGAGCAGGGAAGCCUUCAGCCGGCAGACAAGCACAGACGAUGAGUGUUUUGUCCUCAAGGAUGGGGAUGAUUUUCUGAAGAGGUGUUCUUCAAGGAGGAACCAGAGCAUUAGUUCUGCUAGUAGUGGGUCCAUGUCUCCCUUGUGGGAAGGCAACUUCUCAAGCAUGUUUGGGACUCUGCCCAGGAAAAGCAGAAGGGGAAGUGUCCGGAAACAGCUCUUAAAAUUCAUCCCUGGCCUUCAUCGUGCUGUGGAAGAGGAAGAGAGUCGCUUUUAAUGGGCUGUAGUGCCCUUUCGUAUUAGCUUAUUUCAUAAAUGUCUUCAGAUUCAUUUAGACCAACUCCACCCAGCUUAGUGGGAGAGUGCAGAUGGAUUGCAAAACUGACAUCCCAUUUCAUGGCAAGAGUGAACUUUAUUUAAAUUUUUGUAUCAUUAUGUUUGCUCCUUCAAUCAUUUUUUUAACCAGAACAACUCAAGUUCCAAGCAGGCAGUAGGAAAAUUAAGUAAUAAAUUAGAAAAUAUAACAUAUUAACACAAGUGCCUGCUCAUUUUAAUGCUGCCUGUGAAGGCAAGAGUAAAAUUUAUUUUCUAGAUUAUUCAUGUAAAACGUUGAGAACUUUUUGGAGUCAAGUAUGAAUAAGAAAGUGACAGAAUAUAAUUAUUUGGAAUACCUUCUGUAGGUUAAUUGGUAGGUUACAAAACUUUAUAUUUGCUUAAGCUCGGUAGCCUUUGGGGAGGCUUAUUAGUAGGCAAUUUUGAAUGUUUCUGUUCAAAUCUAUGAAAGAUUAUAAACAAAGAUGAUCAUCAGCCCUUUUUUACAUCCACAAUGACAAUAAAUCAGGAAGUAUAAGAUUUAAUAUGGGGGUUUAAACUUUAUGAGAUCCAUGGAAAGAUGUUACCUAAGAUGGGUGCUAAGGAAGACUAUAGUAAGUCCUUUUUUAUUGGUAGCCUAAACAAAAUGGAUGAGGAUGUCAUUCUUACCUAAUUCAACUUUUGUUCUGCCUAAACAUUGAUGACAAGUCUAGCUCUCUCAAGAUCCUACAGCCUUGUGAUUUUUUUGAACAAAUGUCUAAAAUUUGAAAAAUUAGUCAGGAAAAGCAUUUUCCUCCUGUAGGUUUUUUUCCACAUUACUCCUCACUUUAUGUUAUAUAUUCCAAAUAGUUAUUGCCUCAGCGCUCUUUUGUCUAUUAGUUAUGUUAGUAUCACUUCACUUCUAGCCUUUCAAUCAUAUUUUUAUUCAAUACCCAUUAAAGUCCAUGAUUUCUCUGUUCUGGUGAUAAAGCUGCUCAUUACCUAUAUUCUAGGGUAGAUAAUCUGGACAAUGCAAUAAAUAGUCCUUACUGAUUUUAAACUGUGUGUGUGUGUGUGUGUGUGUGUGUGUGUGUGUGUGUGAGAUAGUUGACUUUGAGCGCAACUGAUACACUUAAACACUUAAAUAAACUGAGUAAAGAGUGAGUCAUUUUGAGAAAAAAAAAAAAGAGGUGAAGGUAAGGAAGCUUGUAGGGUAAGAAAUAAAUAAUAAAAUAGAAAAAGAUUUCUAAUUGAGAUCUGCUUCCUAUUAAGUCUCUGAAUUCAGAAGUAUCCAGUGGGCUCUGCUUGAGAAUCAUUCAUGUGAAAAGCAGAGCUUUCACAGGAACAAUAGCAAUCUUGUCUGUCAUUUACUGAAUGCAUAAUAGGUUGUAGAUGCUCUCCAUGUCAUCCUCGAAAUAACCCUGUAGGGAGAUGUUAGGCAUACAGAUAAGGAAGCAGGUAUUGGGAGAAGUUCCCAUGGUCAGUGGCAGUGCUGAUAUUGGAAGCCAGUUCUUCCCAGCUCUAGCCUACCCGCUUAGUCUCUCUAGAUAUUGCUUACCCUUUUGCUGGGUCUGUGUAGUUAUCACCACAGGACUACCUCCUGCCCCAAUCCCAGGAAAAUUUAACAUGCACAAUUGUAGAUAUUGCAUGAAUAAGGAUAUUGUAGAUAGGAAAAAAAAAUUCCUAUUUGGUAAAUAGGAAAACAAACAUAUAUUUAGGGUGACUCUUCCUUCUCGCUUCCACAAGCAAGUUUUCAGAUAUAAGCACCUUAAUAACUGCAUGGUUAGCAAUACAUUUAUUUUCAACAAGGGCUUGCAAAUCAAUUGUGAUUUAAUUGAUACUGCUUAUUUCUCGUUGUAGGCUAGAAUUAUGUUAAAGAUCUGUUUACAUGAAUGCAGCAUUAUCUGUUAGUCCUAUUUCGCCAAGUCAAGGGGAAAGAAAUAUCACAUUUAUUUGAGGAAAGAUGACUUUAAAGGCUUCUACAAUGUGAACAAUGUUUCAAGAGCUACCACAGUUCAUCUGGAAAAGCAGACAAUACGUCAUUUGCUUUUCUGUGGUUUUAAGUGUUAAAUAUAGUUUAAUACUUUCUUACAGUAAACAUCAAACCCAAAAUGGUACAGGGAAGAAGCACAUGGCAUGUUUUGCUGUAGUCUGUGAUGAGCAGAAUUAGAGUCAAGAAUUAGAUAUGUUCAGGAAAAAAAGUUAAGCACUUUUUAACCAAAGUACAGGAAGUAAGCGUAUGUCAUGUUUUGUGUGUUCACAAGUUGUAUGAAGACUCUUGUUUAGUGGAAAUGUGGGUAAAUUUCUCAAAGCACAGCUUUUCAGACUGAAUCUGACCUCAGUGGGGCUUUAGAAGAUUUCAUUUCUCUAAUUUUCUGGUGCACAAUGACCACAGGACUCACUUUGCUGUAAUUUACUGGGAAAAGAAAAAUGAAGCGUUUUUUUUAACCCCAAAGUUGUCAAAUAUGUAAUGUUGGUGAACUUAUUAAUUGAUAAUUUGUUAUGAAAAUGUAUUUUUCUAGUAUGGCAUUGAUUGAUAAGCCAAAUUUGAAUCAAGCCUAUUGGAAAUUACUCUGUCAUGUGACUAAAAGGAACACCACCGUGUCAAACAGGUUGGAACCAUAUUUUUUGAAAUGAACUUUUAUUUAUUACUUUGUACUUUUCAAUUCUUUUAUAUCUUAGUUGCAUGAUACAAACAGUAUUAAAAAUCCCAGUUUGAACUGAAUAUCAAACUUGGACACAGUUUGUGUGACUAAUCAUAAAGUAUAAAUAUCUAUGGAUGUAUGCAACCUAAGCACAGUAAAUAAUACUUAACAACUAUACUAUCCUUCAGAUCACAAAAUUAUUGGUGCUUUAUAUCCAUUUCCUUACAGAACUAUGGGCAAUAAAAUAAAAAUUUGAUACCUUUUUGAAA